CUGAACUGUGGGGCUGCGGAAUUAAACAACUGAGAUUUAGCUUUUCAGAUGCCUCUUUGCGCCUUUGUUGUAUCUGUUUACAGGAGGCGCCGCUAAAAGAAACCGGGAGGUGGGUACACACGUUUCCAGUAAGUUAGUGUCAGCGCCGGGCGCCCGCAGCUGCGCGAGAAAUACUUGGUUGAGCAAGAGGAUUGCAGGCUCUUGCCCAACAACCUGUGGUUCUUGUCUCUGUCUUAAUUCCUCACGCCCUUUCCUCUUUUUGCCGCUUCAUUUUAAGGCGAAGCAUGCCUUUCUACAGCAAUAAAAGGCAGUUCCACGAUUCAUCAUAGCAUCCUCUCUGUCACUAGUCUUAACUUUGCUGAAGAAAGAAAGAACUGACUGUUGCCACAGGAAGCAAAAUAACACAUGUUGUGGAAUCACUGAGAAGAGCUGCUAUAGGAGGUCACAAAAUAAAGCCCCAGUUCUCAGAAGCAUGCUUCACAAAUAUGGAUCAUGCUAUGUGACUUACAGGCUUAUCAGGCAAAAGUCUCUGAAGUUUCCUGUAAAGGAUAUUCUAAAGAAAGUUUGAAGGUACUCGUAAAUAAUUUGACUGAAUGCCAGGACGUAGGAAGGAGAAAGAAAAUUAAGCACAUGUGGAAGAAUUGUAUCCUUCUUUCACCUAGUCCCUGGAUAUUGAUGAAAUUUUGUCCUAAGAAGAAAUAACGACUUGAAGGAUUAGAACAAAGAUGGACAGAUAAGAGAAGUAUUGAGCAUCUCCAAGGAAACAGAAACCAGUAUGACAGAACAUAUGAGAUCUCUCAGAAAUUUUUUUCUUUACAAGUGUCUGUUUGCAUUAACUUUUUGGAACUGUGUCAGCCUGUCUGUGGAAAAAGAACUCUUCACAUCUGUUUCUAACGAAGAUGGUUCUGACAAAAAAAUCAAGAGCCUGCCAUACCUCUAUACAAAUAGUCAUCAGUCCAAAGCUAAUUUUGACUGGGUUUUGAUACAAAAUACUACAGAAAGCCUAUCGUUGUCAGAAAUCACAAAUGACAAUGUAAAAAAAUUAGUAGCAUUAUUAUCUAAUUUCAGACGAGGCUCCAGGUUACAAAAUCUGACACUGACAAAUGUGACAGUUGACUGGAAUGCUCUUAUUGAAACUUUUCAGGCUGUAUGGCACUCAUCCAUUGAAUACUUCAAUGUUAACGGUGUAAGACAAUUGUCACACAUAAAAAGCUAUGACUUUGACUAUUCAGGUACGUCUAUGAAAGCGGUCACACUGAAGAAAGUUUUAAUCACAGAUCUGUACUUCUCACAGAAUGACCUAUACAAAAUAUUUGCAGACAUGAAUAUUGCAGCCUUGACAAUAACUGAAUCAGAGAUGAUACAUAUGCUGUGUCCUUCGUCUGACAGUCCCUUUAGAUACUUAAAUUUUUUAAACAACGAUUUAACAGAUCUGCUGUUUCAAAACUGUGACAAAUUAAUUCAACUGGAGACAUUAAUCUUGCAGAGGAAUAAAUUUGAGAGCCUUUCCAAGGUAAGCUUCAUGACUAGCCGUAUGAAAUCACUGAAAUACCUGGACAUCAGCAGCAACUUGCUGAGUCACGAUGGAGCUGAUGUGCAAUGCCAGUGGGCUGAGUCUCUGACAGAGUUGGACCUGUCCUCAAAUCAGUUGAUGGAUGCCGUGUUUGAGUGCUUGCCAGUCAACAUCAAAAAACUCAACCUCCAAAACAAUCACAUCACCAGUGUCCCCAAGGGAAUGGCUGAGCUGAAAUCCUUGAAAGAGCUGAACCUGGCAUCGAACAGGCUGGCUGACCUGCCGGGGUGCAGUGGCUUUAUGUUGCUGGAGUUCCUGAACGUAGAGAUGAAUUUGAUCCUCACCCCAUCUGCCAACUUCUUCCAGAGCUGCCCACAGGUCAGGGAGCUACAAGCCGGGCGCAACCCGUUUGAGUGUUCCUGUGAACUGCAAGACUUUAUCCGUCUGGAGAGGCAGUCUGGGGGGAAGCUGUUUGGCUGGCCAGCGGCGUAUGUGUGCGAGUACCCGGAAGACUUGCAAGGAACGCAGCUGAAGGACUUCCACCUGACUGAACUGGCUUGCAACACGGUGCUCUUGCUGGUGACAGCUCUGCUGCUGACGCUGGUGCUGGUGGCUGUCGUGGCCUUUCUGUGCAUCUACUUGGAUGUGCCGUGGUACGUGCGGAUGACGUGGCAGUGGACGCAGACAAAGCGGAGGGCUUGGCACAGCCACCCCGAAGAACGGGAGACCGUUCUGCAGUUUCACGCGUUCAUUUCCUACAGCGAGCGCGAUUCGUUGUGGGUGAAGAACGAGCUGAUCCCGAACCUGGAGAAGGGGGAGGGCUGUGUACAACUGUGCCAGCACGAGAGGAACUUUAUCCCCGGCAAGAGCAUUGUGGAGAACAUCAUUAACUGCAUUGAGAAGAGCUACAAGUCGAUCUUUGUGUUGUCUCCCAACUUUGUGCAGAGCGAGUGGUGUCACUAUGAGCUGUACUUUGCCCAUCACAAAUUAUUCAGCGAGAAUUCCAACAGCUUAAUCCUCAUUUUACUGGAGCCGAUCCCUCCGUACAUUAUCCCUGCCAGGUAUCACAAGCUGAAGGCUCUCAUGGCAAAGCGAACCUACCUGGAGUGGCCAAAGGAGAGGAGCAAGCAUCCCCUUUUCUGGGCUAACCUGAGGGCAGCUAUUAGCAUUAACCUGCUAAUGGCUGAUGGAAAGUGGUGUGGGGAAACAGAUGAAGAAUCUUUCUAAUGGAGUUUCUUCCAUUUUUUCUUUGUGAAGCAAUAAAUGCUUUAUGAUCUCCAUUGGUUGUCAAUGUAUUUAACUUUUUGUUACAGAACCUUGUUUCUACAUAGUUUUCUGUGCUGCCUCCUAACGGUAGGCAAAAUUCAAGUUACCUCACUGGAAUUCUCUUGCAGUUGAUACAGAGAUAGCAAAUGACAAAUGAGUUUGGAUGUGCAUUUUGAAAUACAGUUUGAAAUACCGUAGUGAAUUUUUCUCAGCAGAAUAAAGCCUG